GUCUGGGCGCCGCUCUCUCCCCGCCCCCUCCCUCCUCCCUCCCUCCUCCUUCCGUGUGUCCCUCCCCGCCCGGCUGGAGGGUGCUCCGGACCGGGACGCAGAGUCCGCGGACCCGGCGCAGAGGAGGCCACCCGAGACGCGGCGCGCACGCUCCGGCCCGCGCCCGGCCCGGCCAUGGCGGCCCCCCGCCCGUCUCCCGCGAUCUCCGUUUCGGUCUCGGCUCCGGCUUUCUACGCCCCGCAGAAGAAGUUCGGCCCUGUGGUGGCCCCAAAGCCCAAAGUGAAUCCCUUCCGGCCUGGGGACAGCGAGCCUCCCCCGGCACCCGGGGCCCAGCGCGCACAGAUGGGCCGGGUGGGCGAGAUUCCCCCGCCGCCCCCGGAAGACUUUCCCCUGCCUCCACCUCCCCUCGCUGGGGAUGGCGACGAUGCGGAGGGUGCUCUGGGAGGUGCCUUCCCGCCGCCCCCUCCCCCGAUCGAGGAAUCAUUUCCCCCUGCGCCUCUGGAGGAGGAGAUCUUCCCUUCCCCGCCGCCUCCUCUGGAGGAGGAGGGAGGGCCUGAGGCCCCCAUACCGUCCCCACCGCAGCCCAGGGAGAAGGUGAGCAGUAUUGAUUUGGAGAUCGACUCUCUGUCCUCACUGCUGGAUGACAUGACCAAGAAUGAUCCUUUCAAAGCUCGGGUAUCAUCUGGAUAUGUACCCCCACCAGUGGCCACUCCAUUCAUUUCCAAGUCCAGUUCUAAGCCUGCAGCUGGGGGCACAGCACCCCUGCCUCCUUGGAAGGCCCCUUCCAGCUCCCAGCCUCUGCCCCAGGUUCCGGCUCCAGCUCAGAGCCAGACACAGUUCCAUGUUCAGCCCCAGCCCAAGCCUCAGGUCCAACUCCAUGUUCAGUCCCAGCCCCAGCCUGUGUCUUUGGCUAACACUCAGCCCCGAGGUCCCCCAGCCUCAUCUCCGGCUCCAGCCCCUAAGUUUUCUCCAGUGACUCCUAAGUUUACUCCUGUGGCUUCCAAGUUCAGUCCUGGAGCCCCAGGUGGAUCUGGGUCACAGCCAAAUCAAAAAUUGGGGCAUCCCGAAGCUCUUUCCGCUGGCACAGGCUCCCCGCAACCUCCCAGCUUCACCUAUGCUCAGCAGAGGGAGAAGCCCCGAGUGCAGGAGAAGCAGCACCCCGUGCCCCCACCGGCUCAGAACCAAAGCCAGGUGCGCUCCCCUGGGGCCCCAGGGCCCCUGACUCUGAAGGAGGUGGAGGAGUUGGAGCAGCUGACCCAGCAGCUAAUGCAGGACAUGGAGCAUCCUCAGAGGCAGAACGUGGCCGUCAACGAACUCUGCGGUCGAUGCCAUCAACCCCUGGCCCGGGCGCAGCCGGCCGUCCGCGCUCUGGGGCAGCUGUUCCACAUCGCCUGCUUCACCUGCCACCAGUGCGCGCAGCAGCUCCAGGGCCAGCAGUUCUACAGCCUGGAGGGGGCGCCGUACUGCGAGGGCUGCUACACUGACACCCUGGAGAAGUGCAACACCUGCGGGGAGCCCAUCACCGACCGCAUGCUGAGGGCCACGGGCAAGGCCUAUCACCCGCACUGCUUCACCUGCGUGGUCUGUGCCCGCCCCCUGGAGGGCACCUCCUUCAUUGUGGACCAGGCCAACCAGCCCCACUGUGUCCCCGACUACCACAAGCAGUACGCCCCGAGGUGCUCCGUCUGCUCUGAGCCCAUCAUGCCUGAGCCUGGCCGAGAUGAGACUGUGCGAGUGGUUGCCCUGGACAAGAACUUCCACAUGAAGUGUUACAAGUGUGAGGACUGCGGGAAGCCCCUGUCGAUUGAGGCAGAUGACAAUGGCUGCUUCCCCCUGGACGGUCACGUGCUCUGUCGGAAGUGCCACACUGCUAGAGCCCAGAGCUGAGUGAGGACAGGCCCUCUUCAAACCGCAGUCCAUGCCCCAUCGUGGACCACCCACACUGAGACCACCUGCCCUCACCUCAGUUAUUGUUUUGAUGUUUAGCCCCUCCCAUUCCCGACCCCACUCUAGCAUCCCAGGUGCCCUGACCCAGGGCCCAAGAUGGCCUAGGAAGGCAGGGUCCCCACCCUGGGGUCUAGUCCUCGCCCAUCCUGCAGGGAUUGCCCACCGUCCUCCAGACACCCCACCUGAGGGGGGCACCAGGUUUAGUGCUGCUGCUUUCACUGCUGCACCCACGCUCUCGGCCAGCCCCCGGAGCAGCCUUUGUACUCUGCUUGCGGAGGCUUGGGAGAUGCCCUGACCCUCCAGGACAUUCCCACCCUCCCCCGUGCUGCCAGGUUGUAGCUAUAGCUACAAAUAAAAAAAAAAAAAAACCUUGUUUUCCAGAA